GUUCAGGUGACGGUGAUGCUGAUGGGACACGUCCGCGGUGAAGGGUCCACGAUCCCGGGAAAACGAAAAGUCCGCAGGGAACGCCCGCAGCACCCCCCGCGGGUCCCGGCCGCAGCGCGGGGCCGGGUCACCUGACUCGCGGAAUUUGGGGCCGCGCGGGGUGGAAGGGGAGGGGAGAGGCGAGCACCUCCCUUCUCGCUCCCGCUGGAUCCAGGUCGGCGGGGGCCGGCGCCGGGCGGCCACGUGGUGGUGCUGCCGCUGCCCCCGCCCCGCCGGCCCAGCCCGGGAGCCGUGGCGCCCACUGACCCCCGCAGCGGGGGAGGAGGAGGGACUGAGGCGCAGGAAGCCGAGCAGGAAGCGAGCCCGGCGGCCGCGUUUUCCUGGGGAAGCGGCGGGCCGAGUGGCGCAGCCAGCGCGGCCCGGGAGCUGCCGCCGCCGCCUGGAUGGGGUGUUGAAAAUCUCUAGAGCUUUGGAAAGCUGAAUGGACUAAACAUGAAGAGCUUGAAAGCCAAGUUCAGGAAGAGCGACACCAACGAGUGGAACAAGAAUGAUGACCGGCUGCUACAGGCCGUGGAGAAUGGAGACGCGGAGAAGGUGGCCUCCCUACUGGGCAAGAAGGGAGCCAGUGCCACCAAGCAGGACAGCGAGGGCAAGACUGCCUUUCAUCUUGCUGCUACAAAAGGGCAUGUGGAAUGCCUCAGGGUCAUGGUUACACAUGGCGUGGAUGUGACUGCCCAAGAUCCUGCCGGACACAGUGCCUUGCACCUCGCAGCCAAGAACAGCCACCACGAAUGCAUCAGGAAGCUCCUUCAGUCAAAAUGCCCAGCCGGAAGUGUGGACAGCUCUGGGAAAACAGCUUUACAUUAUGCAGCGGCACAGGGCUGCCUUCAAGCUGUGCAGGCUCUUUGCGAGCACAAAAGCCCCAUAAACCUCAAGGAUUUGGAUGGGAAUAUACCACUGCUUCUUGCAGUACAAAGUGGCCACAGUGAGGUCUGUCGCUUUCUCCUGGAUCAUGGAGCAGACGUAAAUUCCAGGGACAAAAAUGGAAGAACUGCUCUCAUGCUAGCCUGUGAGAUCAGCAGCUCUAAUAUUGUGGAAGCCUUAAUUAAAAAGGGUGCAGACCUAAACCUUGUAGAUUCUCUUGGACACAAUGCCUUACAUUAUUCCAAACUCUCAGAAAAUGCAGGAAUUCAAAGCCUUCUAUUAUCAAAAAUCUCUCAGGAUUCUGAUUCAAAGACACCAACAAAACCAAAGCAGUUGAGUGAUGUGUCUUCCCCAAGAUCAAUAACUUCAACGCCACUUUCGGGAAAGGAAUCCGUGUUCUUUGCUGAACCACCCUUCAAGGCUGAGAUCAGUUCUAUACAGGAAAACAAAGACAGACUAAGUGACAGCACGACAGGUGCUGAUAGCUUAUUGGAUAUAAGUUCUGAAGCUGACCAACAAGAUCUUCUUGUCCUGUUGCAAGCAAAAGUUGCUUCUCUUACCUUACACAAUAAAGAAUUGCAAGAUAAAUUACAGGCCAAAUCACCCAAGGAGGCAGAUGCAGACCUGAGCUUUGACUCCUACCAUUCCACUCAAACUGACUUGGCCCCACCCCUGGGCAGACCUAGUGAAACCUCUCCCCCAGACUCCAAGUCAUCUCCAUCCAUCUUAACACAUUCCUUGAGUAAAUCCACUCUCGACAGCGAUGGGCAAAUUCAGCAACUGCAAGAGAUUCUGCAGGACUUGCAGAAGAGACUAGAGAGCUCUGAAGCAGAGAAGCAGCAGCUACAGGCUGAGCUCCAGUCCAGGAGGGCCGAAUUGGUGUGCGUGAACAGUGCAGAGAUUUCAGAGAAUGGCUCCGACCUCAGCCAGAAACUGAAAGAAACUCAGAGCAAGUACGAGGAGGCCAUGAAAGAAGUCCUUAACGUGCAGAAGCAGAUGAAACUGGGCCUUGUCUCGCCCGAAAGCGUGGACAGUUAUUCACAUCUCCGUGAGUUACGGAUCACUGAGGAGGAAGUAGAUGUGCUAAAGCAGGAUCUCCAGAACGCAUUAGCCGAAAGUGAAAGAAAUAAGGAGAAAGUGAGAGAGUUAGAAGAAAAACUCGUAGAGAAGGAGAAAGAUUUGGGUAUUAAGUCUCCCGGGGAAGAGUACGAGGAAAUGAAAAGUUCAUAUUGCUCUGUGAUUGAGAAUAUGAAUAAGGAGAAAGCUUUUUUGUUUGAGAAAUACCAAGAGGCCCAAGAAGAAAUCAUGAAACUAAAAGAUGCCCUAAAGAGUCAGAUGACACCGGAAGCCGGCGAUGAAGCUGGGGAUAUGAAAGAGGCCAUGAACAGGAUGAUAGAUGAGCUCAACAAACAGGUAAGCGAGCUGUCCCAGCUGUACAAAGAAGCCCAGGCCGAGCUGGAGGAUUACAGGAAGAGGAAAUCUCUAGAAGACGUAACAGCCGAAUAUAUCCAUAAAGCGGAGCAUGAGAAACUAAUGCUAGUGACGAACGUGUCCAGAGCUAAGGCAGAAGAGGCAUUGUCCGAAAUGAAGUCCCAGUACUCAAAGGUAUUGAACGAGUUGACGCAGCUCAAACAGCUGGUGGACGCACAGAAAGAGAACUCUGUCUCCAUCACAGAACAUUUGCAGGUGAUAACCACGCUGCGGGCUACUGUGAAAGAGAUGGAGGAAAAAAUAAGCAGUCUCAAAGAGCACCUUGCAAGCAAGGAAGGGGAAGUCGCAAAACUGGAGAAACGACUCCUGGAAGAGAAGGCCGCGAUGGCCGACGCCAUGGUGCCCAGGUCUGCCUACGCAAAGCUCCAGUCAUCACUAGAAAGUGAAGUGAGUGUGUUGGCCUCAAAAUUGAAGGAGUCCGUAAAAGAGAAAGAGAAGGCCCAUUUGGAGGUCUCCCAGAUUCGAAGUGAGGUCUCACAAGUGAAAAGGGAAAAGGAAAAUAUUCAGGCUCUCUUAAAAUCCAAAGAGCAGGAAGCAAACGAACUUCGGCAACAGUUCCAGCACGCUCAGGAGGAGCUCGCAGAAAUGAAGAGACAGUCGGAGAGCUCUUCCAAACUGGAGGAGGAUAAAGAUAAGAAGAUAAAUGAGAUGUCAAAGGAAGUCACCAAGUUGAAGGAGGCCCUGAACAGCCUCUCGCAGCUCUCCUACUCAGCUAGCUCGUCCAAGAGGCAGAGUCAGCAGCUGGAAGGACUGCAGCAGCAGGUCAAGCAGCUACAGAGCCAGUUGGCUGACUGCAAGAAACAACACCAGGAGGUGAUAUCUGUUUACCGAAUGCAUCUUCUGUAUGCUGUGCAGGGCCAGAUGGAUGAAGAUGUCCAGAAAGUACUGAAGCAGAUCCUUACCAUGUGUAAAAACCAGUCCCAGAAGAAGUAGAAUGGAUUCCGUGGCAGGACACUGCCCCCUUGUUGUCCAUCUUUGUGUUAGAUCUGGAGUUGUCGGCAACCACUGCCAUUGUUCUCACUCGUGGUAUGCACCGUGGCCCAGCCUAGCUUUUUCCCUUUCCUAAGGCAGCUUUCUGAGGACUGGGUCCAGGAGAGGGCUGCCCUCCCCAGAGCUGCUUAGAGACUUGAGAGCAGCACAAAUGAAAUGCCCUGGUGUCCCUUCAGAUUCCGGAGCCGGGAUCUGGAACCAGGGGUCUGGUCCUGGUCCUGGUGCUGGUGGGUGGGCACCUGCUGUGGGACCCGACCAGCUGAGGGGCUUUGUCAUCACUGAGCAAUAUGUUGAGACCUCCCUGCUCAGCGAACAUUGCUUUAGUUCCUACACUCAGGCGGUGUCAGUCAGCACCCGAGAGCCCCUUUGCCUUUGGUUUCCAAGCCCAAAACAUGAUUUAACUUCUGACCAAAAUAGUAUGGCACUCGUUAUGUGGUGCAUACGUAAGAGCCUUUAUCAUGACAUCCUGUGGACUUAAAACAUGAAUCCCAUCAUUUUCCCCCCUCUGCCUUAUAUAGCUCAUCACCCUGCUUGUUAGUCUCAGAGUUUGAUGAGCACUCUUAACUAAAAUACGAAGUUGAAAAACAAAAGCAAGUUGUCCUUAGAAAUUCUUUUGAAGCAAAUCGUUGACAUAUUGCAAAUCUUCUAUGCAAACUUGCCUCCUGUUAUCCGUGAAGCUCAGGAAUCCAAACAUUCGCGUUUCAACAAGGGACAGUAAACUGCGUGUUUACAGCCAAAAAAAAAAAAAAAAAAAAAUGCCUCAUAGUUCUUAACCUCAGUUUUUUAAAAGUGUUUUUUUCUCUACAAUAUUUUUAUUGGCUCUUAAAAAUGUUUUCAUAGCUAAACCCCUAAAUGAGUGAAAUUUACAUUAGACUCUAUUAACAAAGUAUUUUUAGAUAACCAUGCUUAUGACUUUUUUAAAGCAUAACUUUUUCCUCAGAGUUUGCAGCGAUAGCCAAGGUAGUUAUGUAUUCCCUUUCCAAACUCUACACGAGCUGCCACCGUCCCCCUAGCCUCUCUGCCAUCGUGUCCUCACAACUGUAGCACAUUUCUGAAUAUAGAAAAUCUUCCUUUUACCCACUGAGUAUUUUUGAAUACCCCAGCUCUACCAGCACCCAUAAAUGAUCUCUUGGAAGGACUGUUAGCCAAUCACUUUUCCACCUUUGAAACCAGAAUCCUAACAUGGUACACAUACAUGAUGGUGCAUAGCAAAGGUCGUGGGGGCAAAUAUUUCUGUUCCCUUGACUUUCAGGUUAAAAACGUUUCGAACUUGCUUGCAGCUUCCUUUGGCAUUGUUUUUGUUGAGAGAUGUAAGCUGAAUACAGACGUCUCCGAAGUAUAUAACGCAAAGCGUAGGCCUGCUCUGACGGGGUCCACAGACCGCAGGGUGCCUGGGCGCACAGGGUGAUGGGCUAUAUUGGAGGAUGUGCUCAUCUGUAUUGGAUGAGGACCAACGACCACAAAGCAGAAACGGCUUUCAAGCUUGGUGUUCCUUUUCUUAAGUUGUUUAUACUUCACCAAUUUCGAAAAUGCUCCAAAGAAAUGUGAAAGGACCUUUUGUCACAGCACUUAAGAAAAUACAAACAACCCCCCCCUCCUGCCCCCACGCAGAAAUGCUGCAGAGUAUAAAACUUGAGACAUUUUGUAGGACGCCUGACAAAGUGUAGCCUUUUAUCUUGUUUCAGGAUGCGUAUUUAUUAUAAGUACUCUGGUUAAAUAUUGAAAAGUUAUAUGCUGUAGUUUAGCAUUUUGCCUUUGUAAUUUACAGAAGGUAUUGCAGAAAAUAAACUUUUGUUUCAUUUUGCA